AUGUUAAGAAUUUUGCCAACCGACUGGGAUCAUAUGGUUGAAUAUCCACUGCCUGGUUGCGAGCAAUUCGGAUUCAAGGAGCUGGUUCCCACUUAUUACAAAAUGUUCGAACUAAUGGUCUCGGAGGAGCUUCCAGGAGCACCAAGCCCAGGAUUUCCACGUCGCUCUAUCAAUUAUCCAAGCAGCAAAGAUAUGUGUAGCCCGGUCUUUGAUCAUUGUCAAGUGGAUCCAGAAAUGUUCCGUCCGCUGAUGAAUUACCCUGUCAAAAAACAAGAAUAUGUUCCAAUGGAACAAGAUGUUGCUCAUCAAAUGAAAUAUCUUGAAUUGGAAAAAAAGACAACUCCAGGACCCGGGCCUAAUAUAUACUUUGGGCAACAUGCCAAAACUUUCGUUCCGGCUACCAAGAAUUUCAAUCCAGCUCAAGGGAACUCUAAAACACCAAUUAACGGAUAUAAGCCCAAGAAUCUGGAUGCCGAGUUCCCAAACCUCAAUGCUCCGGUGAAGAAUGAGCACGAGAAAAUGAAAGCUACUGUGGAAAAGAAGCCACAUUAUUUAAAAAAAUAUGACCAGAACAACAUCGAUUAUCGCAAACCACGUCAUUACGGCAGAAGAGAUGACUUGAUCAACCAGGAAUACAUCAACAACCAAAUCAAUAAGCUGGUACAGGAAAAAAGAAAGACUGGAGGAGCAAUUGUAGAGGAGGAGAAAAAUGAUAGCUUCGAUCAUGAUCCGUGUUCCUGUACCACGACCACCAGUUCAUCUCCAACAUAG